UAUACUACUGAGUUUCGCAUCAGUAUCAUUCGGGCGAAACGCAGGACUCGCAGGAGUCGCGUCUUUUUCGUCUCGCAGUGUUUCAGCAAGGAUACAGCAGGAGUGUGUUCACCAUGACAACUUUCGACUUCUCCGACGUGGAGGCGUUCCUGGACCGUCACCCGGAACUCUUCGAGGACUACGUGAUCCGUAAGGGCGAGCGUGUAGCUACGAGCACGCGCCUGGCGGAGACGCGUCGGCGUGACCUCUCCGCUGCGGAGGCGGAGCGCGAGGACGCGGCGGCCGCCGGCAAACGGCGCUCGUCGCAUGCGGAGAUGCGGCGGACCUUUGCCCGCUCCAAAGCGAGCGCCGCGCACCACACCUACGACGAGCGCGCGAGCGUGGCGGCGCGCGAGUCACAGGCGAGCGUGAGGCGGCGCGCGCUCCUGCGCAAGGCCAGCUCGCUGCCGCCCACCACGGCGCACAUCCUGAGCGCGCUGCUCGAGUCGCGCGUCAACGUGCCGCGCUAUGCCUCGAGCGCGCUUGACUACAAGUACACGCUCAAAGAGUCAGACGAGCGCAAGUUCUUCAUCGAGCUCGUCAAGGACAUCUCCGGCGAGCUCGACAUCACCAACCUGGGCUACAAGAUCUUAGUCAACGUGUGCGUCAUGGUGAACGCAGACCGUUGCUCGCUUUUCCUGGUAGAAGGUCCGGCGCACGAGAGGACGUUGGUGUCCAAGUUUCUGGACGUGCACUCGGGGACAGCGGGGCGACCCGGUUCCAGCUCAAUUCCCUUCGCCGAGGUGCAAGUACCCUGGGGCAAGGGUAUCAUAGGCUAUGUGGCAGAGCACGGCGAGACGGUCAACGUCGCAAACGCGUAUGAGGAUCAUCGGUUUAGUGAUGAGAUUGACAAGCUGACAGGCUAUAAGACUCAGUCAAUCCUGUGCAUGGCCAUCUGUAACAGUGACGGAGAGGUGAUUGGAGUCGUGCAGGCCAUCAACAAAAAACCCAGUGGAACUCCCUUUACCGAGGAUGAUGAAAAGGUGUUAGAGAUGUACCUACCCUUCUGUGGUAUAUCGAUCUCCAAUGCCAAGCUCUUUUCUGAGUCCCGCAAAGAAUACGAUAGGAGCCGGGCUCUUUUGGAGGUGGUGAACGAUUUGUUUGAGGAGCAGACAGACCUGGAGAAGAUUGUCAGAAAGAUCAUGCAGCGAGCACUAACAUUGCUGCAGUGUGAACGCUGCUCUGUGCUGCUCCUAGAGGACAUCCACUCACCUGUGGUAAAGUUCUCAAAAACUUUUGAGCUCAUGUCUCCAUUUUGCAAUGUGGACCAUGACAUAAACAUGGAGAAGGUGUCCUGUUCUGACUGGCUGAUCAAUAACAGUAUUGCUGAGUUGGUGGCAUCAACAGGCCUGCCAGUUAACAUAAGCGAUGUGUGUCAGGAUCCCCGGUUUGAUUCCGAGGCUGAUCAGGCCUCAGGCUUUCACAUCAGGUCAGUGCUGUGUGUGCCCAUUUGGAACAGAACCCAUCAAAUAAUCGGUGUUGCCCAGAUUCUUAAUCGUUUGGACAGGAAGACGUUUAAUGAUGCAGAUCAAAGAUUAUUUGAGGCAUUUGUUAUUUUCUGUGGCCUUGGCAUCAACAAUACAAUGAUGUACAACCAGGUGAAGAAAGCUUGGGCAAAACAGUCCGUGGCUCUGGACAUGCUGUCUUAUCAUGCUACAUGCUCAAAAGCUGAAGUAGAUCGACUCAAGGCUGCUAAGAUCCCCCUGAGCAGUGAGCUGGGAAUCGAUGCAUUCCACUUCAAUGACUUUUCACUGGACAACGAUGCCAUGAUUACUGCCUCCCUGCGCAUGUUCUUGGAGCUUAGUGUUGUGCAAAAGUUUAAGAUUGAUUAUGAGGUGUUGUGCCGCUGGCUGCUCACUGUAAGGAAGAACUACCGCACUGUGGCCUACCACAACUGGAGACAUGCUUUCAGUGUCUCCCAGUGUAUGUUUGUCAUGAUAACUACUGCAGGGUUCCAGGAUGUUCUAACAGACACAGAGAUUCUGGCACUGAUGGUUGGAUGUCUGUGCCAUGACUUGGAUCAUCGUGGCACCAACAAUGCAUUUCAAGCCAAAUCAGGAUCAGCACUGGCACUGUUGUAUGGAACAUCUGCUACUCUUGAACAUCACCACUUUAACCAUGCUGUUAUGAUCCUGCAGAGUGAGGGGCACAAUAUUUUUGCAAAUCUCAGCUCCAAAGAGUACAGCAACAUGAUGCAGUUGUUAAAGCAGGCCAUCCUGUCUACAGAUCUCACUUUGCAUUUCCAAAAAAGAACCAAAUUCUUUCAGUAUGUUUUGGCUGAAGAUUUCAGCUGGUCAACACAGGAGCACAGAGACAUUUUCAGGUCCAUGCUUAUGACCGCGUGUGACGUAGGUGCUGUGACUCGACCAUGGGAGAUCUCUAAACAGGUGGCGGAGUUGGUGACUAGUGAGUUUUUUGAACAAGGUGAUAGGGAGCGAUUUGAGCUGAAGCUAACACCAUCUGCCAUUUUUGAUCGCAAUCGUAAAGAUGAACUUCCAGCACUUCAGCUUGAAUGGAUCAAUGGGAUUUGUAAGCCACUGUAUGAGGCUUUGUUGAAGCUGAAUAGGAAGCUCCAGCCAAUGGUUGAUGGAAUACAUGCCAAUCAAAAAAAAUGGGAGGAACUCUGUUUGUCCUAUCAGCAAGCACACCAAGUCUCAGAGUCUUCCAAUCUGUGUCCAGAAGCGGAUAAAGAAGAAUCCAGUCAGUGCACAGACUCCACCCUUAAGCUGUCUUAUGAAUCUGCAGCAACCAGUCAGAUCACAGAGUCCACCCAUAGGGAGGAGUCAAAUUAGAACACAACAGAACAAAUCAGAGGACAAAACUUAUGGAAGAUGCUUUUAAAGUAAAAAAACUAAAGUUGCAAUGCACAGGCAAGUUCAGUAUCAUGGCACAGGCGAUUUCAACAUCACAGGAUCUUUUGGCUUCUAAGUAAUAACAUAUUAAUAGCCUUGCUUAUAGUCAAUAAAACUAAAACCUUGAUCAAUCUGACCUGUUCCAGAACACAGAAAGCAUACUAACACAUUGCAUAUUAUACUGUGUUGAGUUUUGAGGAAUGACUUGGUCUCUUAUGCACUGAAAUAAAAGGAGAAUAUGUGCUACUUCUUAAGCUUAAUACUGUGAUGAUAUGGUUAUACUAAGUUAAAUUAAUCAUAAGACAUCAUAUUACUCCAGAUCAACAUUUAAAUCACUGUGAAUUUAUAUAACUGUGAUUAUUUUGCACCCGAUGGCUUUUUGAACAUGACUUAAGGGUUUGUGGUUUAUUCAGACUACUGCUAUUUAUAAAAUGACACAAAAUAUUUAAUUUAGUGAAAUUUAUUCAUGACACUGAAUAUGUUUGGUUGUUUUGAUUCUGCGAGUACUGUAGUAGACACACUGGUUAGAGAGCUCAGAAUUUAUUACAUCCUAGCAUUAAUGAAUAUAUAAAUUGUUAAACACCGUAUUUGUUUUCAGUGUCAUGCUUUAUUACAAACUUAUUUAUGGAUUUCGGAUGGAAACACUAUUAUAUAGUAUGGAAACUACUUAUACAGUGGUCAUUUGGCUUUUUCAUAUGUAAUAAAAAAGAACUGGUGACAGAUCCAAUAAGGCUUACCAGAGUAAUGUGUCACAAUCUUUACAAGCUAUGCUUAUAAAUCACUUUUUUUGCAUGUAAUUAUCAGCAUGUAAUGUUGUUCAAUGUCACCAAACUACAUCUGAUAAAAACUGUUUUUUUUUUCACUGCACUUAAACUGCCACAACAUUUGUACCAGCACUGUGAAUGCAAUGCAAAUGAUUUACACAGUAUUGCACGCUGCAGUCUGCUGCUUUGAAAUUUCUUUGAAAGGUUCCUACUUUCAACAGGGGUGUAAAACUUUAAGAUGCACCGCAGAUUGUUGUUCAAGGUUAUAAGCAUGCAUACUGGUGUGCUCCAAAAUUUGUCUGCCUUAUUAAAAAAUGAUUCAUGUUAUAAUUCUUGCACUUUUUGGAUUCUUAAAUGUUUGGGAAAAAACACAAGUUUUGUAAAUAAAAUAUACUGUUAUGCUAAAUUCUAUGUGGGGUUUUUUCUCAUCUGAUUUAGAGCUUUAUAGCACUAAGAGUACAACCAGUACAGUGUAAUGGUAAAUUCUGUGG